UGUCACAGGUGAGAAUGUUAAGCCGUGUGUUAUUUCACGAAUAUGAAGAAGAUAUGUGUACACGCGUAGGUUGCUUGUGCUCUUCAACUAGCACGGAUUUAUUUUUGGCAUCUGACAUUAGCAUUUGCCCUUUUCCUGUUAGCACAGUCCACCAAGACUGACCAGAUGUGUUGAUAUCGUUAGUGAGCCGUUUGUUCGUUAAAUUCUAUCCCAUUAAGUGUUUGGAUGAUGGAUUUUAACGGAUUUGUAAGGACUAAACACGCAUUGAUUGAUACGCUUGUGGGCAGCAGCAUCAGUACAGUAGUCUAGUAGCCUUAGAUAACCAGUCACGAAAACAUGACCAAAGAGGAUGAGAUGCCGGAUUGGGUGGGAGCUCAGGAGUUCUAUGGCAAAUAUGACCCCAAGGAGAUCCUGGGAAGGGGGGUGAGUAGCGUGGUGCGACGUUGUAUUCAUAAACAAACCCAACAGGACUAUGCAGUCAAGAUCAUCGACGUCACUCCUUCUGACAAGAUCUCGGCUGCAGAGAUCGAGGAGAUCAAAGAGGCCACAGUGAAGGAGAUUGAUAUUCUCAAAAAAGUCUAUGGAAUGGACAACAUCAUCCAGCUGAAGGACUGCUAUGAGUCCAAAGCCUUCUUCUUCCUGGUGUUUGACCUAAUGAAGAGAGGAGAGCUGUUUGACUACCUUACAGAAAAAGUAACUCUGAGUGAGAAGGAAACCAGGAAGAUCAUGCGUGCCCUGCUGGAGGUGGUUAAGUUCCUCCACGACCAGAACAUCAUCCACAGAGACCUGAAGCCUGAAAAUAUCCUGCUGGAUGACAACAUGGACAUCAAGCUCACUGACUUUGGCUUCUCCCUGCAGAUUGAGCCCGGACAGACACUCAACGAAGUGUGUGGGACCCCUGGAUACCUGGCUCCUGAGAUCAUUGAGUGCUCCAUGGACCCCAACCACAGGGGAUAUGGGACUGCAGUCGACAUAUGGAGUUCAGGGGUGAUCUUGUACACCCUGCUAGCUGGAUCCCCUCCCUUCUGGCACAGAAAACAGAUGAUGAUGCUUCGUAUGAUCCUAGCUGGGAACUACGACUUCACCUCUCCUGAAUGGGACGACCGCUCCGACACUAUCAAAGACCUAAUCUCCAGGAUGUUGGUGGUAAACCCAGAUCAGCGUUACACAGCCCAAGACUGCCUGAACCACCCCUUCUUCCAGCAGUAUGUGGUGGCUGAAGUACGACACUUCACCCCCAAGAGGAGGUUCAAGGUCGUCUGUAUGACAGUGCUGGCCGUGAUGCGCAUCUACUGUAAUUACCGCCGCGCAAAGCCUAUCACCAAGGAGGUGAUCAAGAACGACCCGUACGCCAUCAAGCCCAUCCGCAAGCUGAUCGACGCCUGUGCCUUCAAGAUCUACGGCCACUGGGUCAAGAAGGGCCAGACCCAGAACAGAGCCGCCCUGUUUGAGAACACUCCCAAGGCCAUCCUGCUGUCCAUAGCAGCAGAGCCCGAGGACUCCUCCAUGCACUCCUGGUAAUCACGAUGAUGCUGCUGCUGUUUGUUUCUCAGCCCAGGUCCUGAGAGGAGGGAGGUGUGACUUUACAUAAGCAUUCAAUCUGUCCCAAUUCUCUAUCGUUUUUAAAUCAAUGGUUUUAAAUUUAAAUAUGUGGGAGGACUGUACAGCUGCACACAUCAGGAGAAAGAACAAAAUUGGGCUGGUAUGUUGUUGGGGUCAGCUCAGGAUUUAAUUGGGCUGAUUGAAGCAUGGGCGUGACUCAAUAACAAAAAAAACUUUGGGUGGGACACUUUAGAGAUGAGAUAUAUAUUGUUCUUUGUAUUGGGGGGGGGCUGAAAAUCCAUGCCAAUGGAUUGCAGCUAUUUGUUGCUUGACUGGUAUGUCUUUAAAACCAGUGGUUCUUAAACCUCUCCUCUGGGACUCUAAGGCGUUACAUAUAUUUGAUCAAUUCCAGAGCUUGCACACCUGAUUCAAUUUGUCACUAAUCGUCAAUGCCUUAUAUAGGUGAAUCAGGUGAGCUAGUUUAGAGCUACAACAAAAUUGUUAAACGUCUGGGCGUCCCAGAGGAGGUUUGAGAACCACAGUUUUAAACGAUGGAUUGAUUAUAACGAAGACGUGGGAAAUGUCCUAUAACUAUACCCUCCAAGACCUGCACUGAGGAAUAUUGGUUUAGUACAGAACGGAACAAAUAGCUAGACGACAUCCACAGUGAAAUAUCAAUCACUUAUCUAGAGCUUAUACCAUUAACUCAACUCUGGACCUCAAAGCCAGUGACACUGCAUUGAUAAAGAAUGGUGUCCAUUCUAUUAUAUAGAUUUCUGUGUUCUGAAAUAUUGCACCCUGAAUUAUUCCUAGAUGUGAAGUAUUACAUUAUGGUUAAAAGGUCAUUUCAACUCAGCACAAAAAUUCCAUAUGCAUACAGUGUUAUGUAAAAGACUAUGCAUUGCUCUGCUUGUGAAGCUUCUUAGUACUAAGUAGCUAGUGAUUUUCUUCCCUUCGCUCAGUAUGUGCAAUGAACCCUGCAUACGUGAAUUGGCAUGCACUAAGACUUUUUAUUUUGACACCUAAUCAUUCAAGGGUUUCUAUUUUUAUUUUUUCUACAUUGUCUUAACUAUUGUUCUACAUCAAAACUAUGAAAUAACACAUGGAAUCAUGUAGUAACCAAAAAAAGUGUUAAAUAGCUACCCUUUGUCAGCGUUGCAUUCUCUCAACCAGCUUCAUGAGGAAUGCUUUUCCAACACUCUUAAAGUUCCCACAAAUGCUGAGCACUUGUUGGCUGCUUUUCCUUCACACUGCGGUCCAACUCAUCCCAAACCACCUCAAUUGGGUUGAGGUUGGGUGAUCUGAUGCAGCACUCUCCUUGCUCAAAUAGCACCAAACACAGCCUGGAGGUGUUGGGUCAUUGUCCUGUUGAAAAACAAAUGAUAGUCCCACUAAGCGUAAACCAGAUGGGAUGGCAAAAUGCUGGUUAAGUGUGCCUUGAAUUCUAAAUAAAUCUGUGUAACCAGAAAAGCACCAUCACAACACCUCCAUGCUGGGAACCACACAUGGAGAUCAUCCGUUCACCUACUGUCUCUCACAAAGACAGGGCGGUUGGAACCAAAAAUCUCAAAUUUGGACUCGACAGAUUUCCACCGGUCGUGUUUCAUGGCCCAAGUAAGUCUCUUCUUAUUGGUGUCCUUUAGUGGGUUUUUCUGCAGCAAUUCAACCAUGAAGGCCUGAUUCAUGCAGUCUCCUCUAAACAGUUGUCUGUUACUUGAACUCUGAAGCAUUUAUUUGAGGUGCAGUUAACUAAUAAAUUUAUCCUCUGGAUCUUCCUUUCCUGUGGCGGUCCUCAUGAGAGCCAGUUUCAUCAUAGCGCCUAAUGGUUUUUGCAACUGCACUUGAAGAAAUUUCAGAUUGACUGACCAUGUCUUAAAGUAAUGAUGGAAUGUUGCUUAUUUGAGCUGUUCUUGACAUAUGGACUUUGCCCUAUUUGGUAAAAGACCAACUUCUGUUUACCCCCCUACCUUGUCAGAACACAACUGAUUGGCUCCAAUGCAUAAAGACAUGUCAUCAAUUAACUUAACAAGGCACACCUGUUAAUUGAAUUACAUUCCAGGUAACUACCUCAUGAAGCUGGUUGAGAGUGUCAACGCUGUCAAGGCAAAGCGUGGCUACUUUGAAGAAUCUCAAAUGGAAAAUAUAUUGAUUUGUUUACGUUAUUUCAUAGUUUUGAUGGGCUUCACUAUUCUAUAAUGUAGAAAAUAGUAAAAAUAAAGAAACCCUUGAAUAGGUAGGUGUGCAAACUUUUGACUGGUACUGUACAUUGUGGGUUAUACUGCGAACUGUUUUAAGGGAGAGUGUGAGAACACUUAAAUUGUAUGCUAAUGUUUUGAUUAAUUUUAUUUAUUACAAAUCUGAACCGGA